AUGAGGAUGUUCCUGCACUUGCAGCUGCUAGCUCUUGGAGCUGCCUAUGUCUGGGCCAUUGAUGUGGAAAGUUCCAUGCAUACACUGGUGAAAGAGACUUUGACUUUGCUUUCUACUCAUCGAGCGCUGCUACUAGGCAAUGAGACCCAGAGGAUUCCUGUUCCUACACAUAAAAAUCACCAACUCUGCAUUGAGGAAAUCUUUCAUGGAAUAGAUACCCUGAAGAAUCAAACUGUACAUGGAGAUGCAGUGCAAAAACUAUUCCAAAAUUUAUCUUUAAUAAAGAAACACAUCGAUCUCCAAAAAGAGAAAUGUGGCGAGGAAAGACGGAGAAGAAAGCAGUUCCUAGAUUACCUGCGAGAGUUUCUUGGUGUGAUAAGUACCGAGUGGACAAUAGAAAACUAA